ACAUUCCGAUCCCAGAUUUGAAGCCAGUAUUUAAAUCUCGACUCUGCUCUCUUUGCUUCGUGCAUCUGCAACGACCCAAACGCGCUCUUGCAGAUACGACCUUCUUCCAUUUCUACUCUUCUUCUUCUCUCGCUCGAUUUUGCAUUGAAUAAAAGCGUUGUAAACUUUGAACAAGAAAAUGGUGAAGAUUUGCUGCAUUGGAGCAGGUUAUGUUGGUGGGCCUACAAUGGCAGUCAUCGCACUCAAGUGCCCAUCAAUUCAAGUAGCUGUAGUUGAUAUAUCCAUUUCCAGGAUCAACGCAUGGAACAGUGACCAGCUGCCCAUAUAUGAGCCAGGCCUUGAUGGUGUGGUGAAGGAGUGCCGAGGCAGGAAUCUCUUCUUCAGCACUGACGUGGAGAAACAUGUCUCAGAAGCUGAUAUAGUCUUUGUUUCUGUCAACACCCCUACCAAAACUCAAGGGCUUGGAGCUGGUAAAGCUGCUGAUCUUACAUAUUGGGAGAGUGCAGCACGUAUGAUUGCUGAUGUGUCAAAGUCUAACAAAAUUGUUGUUGAGAAAUCAACAGUUCCUGUUAAGACGGCAGAGGCAAUUGAAAAAAUUUUGACCCACAACAGCAAGGGGAUCAAAUUCCAGAUCCUCUCAAACCCUGAGUUCCUUGCUGAGGGAACUGCAAUCCGUGAUCUGCUUAGCCCAGAUAGGGUUCUCAUUGGAGGAAGGGAAACCCCAGAAGGCCAGGCAGCCAUCAAAGCAUUGAAGGAUGUUUAUGCGAAGUGGGUACCUGAAGAUCGCAUUCUAACAACCAACCUUUGGUCUGCAGAGCUGUCCAAGCUUGCUGCCAAUGCCUUCUUGGCUCAAAGGAUCUCAUCCGUUAACGCUAUGUCAGCUCUUUGUGAGGCAACUGGCGCUGAUGUUACCGAGGUGUCAUAUGCUGUUGGCAAGGAUACUAGAAUUGGUCCCAAAUUCUUGAAUGCAAGUGUUGGUUUUGGUGGGUCCUGCUUCCAGAAGGACAUUCUGAAUCUAGUUUACAUCUGUGAGUGCAAUGGCCUUCCUGAUGUGGCGGAGUACUGGAAACAGGUCAUCAAGAUCAAUGACUACCAGAAGAACCGAUUUGUAAACCGUGUUGUAUCCUCUAUGUUUAAUACAGUUUCAAAUAAAAAAAUUGCCAUUUUAGGGUUUGCAUUCAAGAAGGAUACAGGUGAUACAAGGGAGACCCCAGCAAUAGAUGUUUGCAAGGGACUGUUGGGAGAUAAGGCCCGGUUGAGCAUCUAUGAUCCCCAAGUGACUGAUGAUCAGAUUCAAAGGGAUCUUACCAUGAAGAAGUUUGAUUGGGACCAUCCUCUCCACCUCCAGCCGAUGAGCCCGACCACUGUUAAGCAAGUCUCUGUAGUUUGGGAUGCCUAUGAGGCAACAAAAGAUGCCCAUGGUCUUUGCAUUUUGACGGAGUGGGAUGAGUUCAAGACUCUCGACUACCAGAAGAUUUAUGAUAAAAUGCAGAAGCCAGCUUUUGUAUUUGAUGGAAGGAACGUUGUGAAUGUGGAGAAGCUAAGGGAGAUUGGUUUCAUUGUAUACUCGAUUGGUAAGCCACUGGAUGCAUGGCUCAAGGACAUGCCUGCUGUAGCUUAAAAGACAGGCUGGAUGUGAUUGGUUUGCUCAUGUUGCGGGUCAACUGGUUGCAGUUAGAGGCUAGCAAUUUGAUUCGUUACUUUUUUUUUUUUUUUGGAAGUAUUGUUAUUGUUUCUUGCUUUCCAAGGUUGCUGGGACAAUUGGGAUGACUUUCAUGUUGGAAGCAGGAGGCUUUAUGUUUUGCCAUACCUUACAUUGCAUUCAAAUAUAUCUCUUGUUACUGGUAUUUGUUCUUAGAAAACUUGAUCUGGCUUGUAUGUGAUUUUAUGUUCAAUAAAAAUUAGACGGUGAAUUCCAGAAA